AUGACCAACAUGUAUAAUAUGCCGUUCGCACCCUUCAUUGGAAUAAACCGACAUGGCCAAUCUUUCAUGCUCGGUUGCGCGUUUGUGAGGCAGGAGUUGGCAUCAAGCUUUGAUUGGGUCUUCCAAACAUUCCUAGAGGCUAUGGGUGGCAAACCUCCUGACAACUUCAUAACCGAUCAAGAUGGUGCAAUGAGGCAGUCAAUACAGAGCAUCUUUCCAACCACCGUGCAUCGAUGUUGUCGAUGCCACAUCAUGAAGAAGGCCCAGGAAAAAGUUGGUUGGCUGUUGUGCCGGAAUCCAGGGCUCUCUGAUGAUUUCAACUACUGUGUUGACUUCAGCUUCACUCCAGAUGAGUUUGAACAGAAUUGGGCUGGGUUAAUGGUGAAGUACGAGGCUAUGAGACACACACACUUUGAGAAGUUGUACGAAUACAGGUCAACUUGGGUGCCGUGCUACUUCGAACAGAGGUUCUUCCCCUUCCUGCAGUCUACACAGCGUAGUGAGGGAUUCAACGACGUCCUAAAAAGACAUGUGAACCCACACAACUCGAUGCUGAACUUCGUCAAGCAAUAUGAAAAGAUUCAGAACCACAUCCUUGCCAAGGAAGGCUGCAAUGAUUACAGGACAGAACACCUUGAGAUUGGGCUGUGGUCCAACUUCCCAAUAGAGAAGCAAGCUUACAAAACCUACACUAGGGACCUUUACCGCAAGUUCAGAGAAGAGUUUCAGCUGAUUGGACGUUAUAAUGCAUUCCAAGUUGGUGAUGAUAUAUUUGAGCUCAAACCUAACCAGGAAUUUGUUGCCAAAUAUGGUUCUCGGAACUACUUGGUGCAGGCAAGGGUGGAGGAGGGUUCCUAUUUGUGUGAGAGCUGUAAAAUGGACAAGGACGGCAUCCUCUGUUGCCACAUCCUCAAGGUGUUCACCCAUAUUGGAGUUGAUGUCAUACCGGAAAGGUACCUACUAAGACGGUGGACACCUACUACUGUACCUAGUGCGCCAGGGACUGGUUAUGAGCAACCGGAUGAAAUGCCUCCUCAAUCAAAGAAGCAGAUAAGGGAGAGGAACAUGAUAUACGAUUUUCCGAAACUAGCAAAGUUUGCGAGUGGUUCUGAUCCAGCACAAGCUAUUAUGAUGGCAACCCUCGAGGACCUCCUCCACCUCCAGGCCCUACACGGCAUGGUCCUCCACCUCCUCCCAUGCCUGGCCCAACAAGCAGUGCCCCGCGUGCUCCUCCCAAUGGCCCUACAGAGAGUACUCACGGGCCUCAUCAUCCAGUUGAUGGCAACCCUCGAGGACCUCCUCCACCUCCAGGCCCUACACAGCAUGUUGAUGGCAACCCUCGAGGACCUCCUCCACCUCCAGGCCCUACAUAGCAUGGUCCUCCACCUCCUUCCCUGCCUGGCCCAACAAGAAGUGCCCCGCGUGCUCCUCCCAAUAGCACUACAGGGAGUACUCAGAGGGCUCGUCGUCCAGGUGAUUACCAACCAAGUGGCAUGA